CCCAAAUGGCAGCCUCCACAGAUCACAACGUGAAACAAAAUGAUUUUUAUUUGGUAUCGGAACUCGGUAUCACUGUUCGAAACGAUUAUGGAAAUACGCCAACAGACAAACAGAAACUGUAUAAUUCCAAGUUAAAGACAUAUAGAGAAAUGGUUCUGGCCACACUGGGUGUUUUCUGCAAACGACAUCAAGACGUUGUUUAUGCUGCUGAUGUUAUAGCUGCUUCAGGACUUUGUGGUUUACAGUGGAAGAAAUAUUAUGGAGAUAAAGUUCAUGUCACAGUUGCUGACAGAGAUGCAAUUGACAAGAUGGAAGACAACUGCAAACAAAAUGGAUUUACUCCUGUUGUUAAGCCUGUUGAUUCGACACGAACACCUGGAUUACCCCUCGAGUCACAGACGGACAUUGAAAUAAGAGUAUCUCUUUGUACACCAAAUGUUCUUAUGCAUCUUGAGGCUUUUCAUUUUUUAUUUGUGGCCCCCCACAAGAGUUUUACCAACUUUGCUGAUUCUGCAUUCUUCACUUUAAAGAACAAUGGAAUAGUCUCAUUUGUUUGUUCCAACGUGUCAUCCUUCUCACGCUGUCCAGAAGUUGCACAAAGAUAUCACGGAGCAUCUUCUACCAAAACUGAGUUCUCAAAAGAACUGGCAGCUAGAAUAUCCGUUGCUUCCAUUGCAAGGGCUGCUGCCAGGUGUAACAAGGGGAUUGAGGUUCUGUUAGUUGCCUCGGUGGAGGACUUUCUUCUGCUGACUGUUCGUGUUCACCGUGGCCCUCGUCCUGCCGACUCAUCCAUGGCUCAGAUAUGCCGUCUGCUCUACUGCCAGAUCUGUGAAGAUCAAGUAUUUCUGCCUCAGAGGAAGGCAACCAUUGAGGAUCCAUAUUCCUUGUUGCCAUGCGACUGUCAGAAAAUGACACCAGGAAGGACAGCAGUGGAACUUGGACCUUUAUGGAGUGGGAAGAUGUUCAACAGUGUGUUUCUCUCGGAGAUGCUGGAGGAAGGCACCAGACUGAAGCUGAGCACCAAGUUUCAUUUGUUGGUGACCUCGCUGUUGGAGGAGGCUCGAUGCGGGGAGUCGGAAUUACACAUCGUAUCAUCUAGUGGAGGGAUGCCCAUGACGACACCACAGGAAGAAGGUCAUGUGUUGACAGACAGUGAUGCAACUCAACCAGAUAGUGAAAACAAGUGUGAUAUGAAAUCUCAGGGUGAAGAAUCUUCCAAAGAAACCGAAAAAUUUUCUGAAAAUGUUGCGACGUCAGGAAGGACACAAACUCCAUCUUUAAAUUCAGCUGUCAGUAGUGAUGAUUGCAGUAAUCAUACGGACAGUCGGAAAAGAAUUGCAGAGGAAGAGAUUGAGAAUUGUAAGAGACAGAAAUUGGAUGCCGAUGACAGUGCACUCAUGUCAGAUGACACGAUAAUCCCACCUGCUUUUUACCUAAGUUUAGAAAGGAGGAAAAAUUACCCUGAUGUCAUCAUGCCCAAAGUGCAGAAAGUCGUAGCUUUCCUUAAAGCAGAUGGUUAUAGUGCUUCACGGACACAUUUUUCUGCAACAGCUGUUCGUACCAAUGCAAAUCAUUCUCAGCUUUGUAAAGUGCUCAACAAGUAUUGUCAUAAAAAAAAGUGACAAAUAAAUAACACUUUUAAACAA